AACUCUUCUUCCAACCUCUUUCUCUUCCUCUUCCCCUAACGACAACUGCCUCCUACCCAUCUACUCUCCCACGCCCUUUGAAUGCUAGGCCAAGCUUAGCCAGCCCCCCUUCUUUAUAUAUUCAACACUUCAUCUCUACACCCCAGGGCUUUUAAUUUGUUUAAUUACUAUUUACUUCAACUCCUCCAAUAAAAAAAAAAUGGCACCGGCUUCUUUUUGUCACGAGAAAGUUUGUGUGAUGGACGCCUCCGGUCGCCUCGGCUCAACCCUGGUUGAACGCUUGCUGCAAAGCGGCUACACUGUCCAUGCUGCAGUUCAAGGCCAUGGUGAUUUGAAAUUUAAUGGGGUAGCUAGUGAAAACAAGAAGCUGAAGAUUUUCCAUGCAGACCCUUUUGACUAUCAAAGCAUAAUCGAUGCUCUGAAAGGUUGUUCUGGUUUGUUUUACGCCUUUGAACCUCCAGAAGACCAGCCCACCUAUGAUGAAUUUAUGGCAGAAGUGGAAGUAAGAGCAGCACACAAUGUGAUAGAGGCAUGUGCUCAAACAGAAACAAUAGACAAGGUUGUCUUCACAUCAUCCGUAACUACUGUUGUUUGGAGAGACAGCCCUCAAACAACUACUUCCGAUUUGGACGAAAGACAUUGGAGUGACGUCAAUUUCUGUCGCAAAUUCAAGUUGUGGCAUGCCCUAUCAAAGACGUUAGCAGAGAAGGCUGCGUGGGCAUUGGCAAUGGAUAGGGGCAUUAACAUGGUGUCAAUCAACAGCGGAUUGAUGAUGGAGCCCCAUCUUUCCAUCACCCACCCUUACCUGAAAGGAGCGGCCGAGAUGUACGAGUGUGGGACAUUCGUUACCGUUGACCUUAAUUUCUUGGUUGAUGCUCACAUCUGCGUCUUUGAAGAUGUUUCAUCAUACGGUCGAUAUUUAUGCUUCGACCACGCCAUUACUAGCCAUGAAGAUGCUAUUCAGCUCGCCCGUUUGCUAACGCCAUCUACACCUUCCCCUGCUCAAAGUUACGAGGAAGCUAACAUAAUCAUCCCACAAAGAUUAAGCAACAAGAAAUUGAACAAGUUGAUGGUGAAUUUUGAGAGUGAACGACUGUUAGUAGAUUAAUGACAAAACUCUCCAUCUAGAAUCGAGUUUAAGGAAAGCAAAAAAUCAUGUUAAGCUUUGGGCUUUAUUAUAGCUCAUAAAUGUCAGAAUAUUGGUUGUUGUCAAAUAAUGUUAAAAUUUAGUUUUAUAUUGUUAUUUCUUGAGUUUAUGUCCAAAAUGAAGUUUGAUUUUUAGUUCAUCGGUGCUCUUUUAAUUGUAAUAUCACUUGUUAG